AUAGACCAGUUUGUGAUCAUCUCUUGUGGUAUUUGGACGUGUGUGUGCCAAGCAGAAAAAUACGCGUAUUGGCGCGAAACGAAACUUACGCGAGUGUUUUUUUUUAAAUUGUUAUUGGAAUUGGUUUCAUUCAUCCUUAAUUGCGUUCGGAUACCCCUUUGACGAAAAUGUGUUGUGUAAAGUUAUGUGAAGUGAAGUGAAGGACAAUUUAGGGGUUAUAAAUUAUACGGGUGACAAGUUUAUUUUAAAGUCUGGUUUUUGUGCUAGAAAUAUACUUGUGUAGUUAUGGCUGAUGUGGAAAAUACCGGCGGGAAAGAGGUGGUUAAGGAAGAAGAGGAGGAAGGCACAGAGCUUGAACUGGAAGCCCUGUACAGGCGGUACUGCGUGCGGCUGAAGCAUGCGCUGUUCGUGUCGGCUCUGUGCGUCACGCUGCUCUGUAGCGUGGUGCUACUGUGCACAGUCUGCAUCGCUCAUUCACAAGAAUUAUCCUCUCAGACAAAGGCGAUAUCAAUACUAUCCGUGAUAACCUUCGUGCUGUCAAUAGUGCUGUGUCUCUCACUUCUCCCUGGAGCACCGGAAUGGGAGGCUCUGGCAUUAGCAGGGUCUCUCCUCGUCACCAUCAGUCUUGGAGUGGGAACGCUGAUGGCGACGCACCAUGCGCCGUUGCCUCUCUUCGCUUUGAUAUUAAUGGUGCACACGAUGAUGCCGAUAGCUCGGCCCAUAGCACUGGGCAUGUCAGCUGUACUCACGCUGGCAUAUGUGGGCCUGGCGCUGGGCGUCCGCCCUGAAGGUGAAGAGUCGCAGUUCUAUCAGCAGUUGAUCUGCGAGCUAGCCCUCCUGCUCUCCGCGAGCGGCAUCGGGCUUUACUACCGAGCCCUUACGGAGAGGGCUCACAGGAACACCUUCGCUGGCACCAGGACCUGCCUCGAGCAGAGGGUGAAGCUGGAGUGCGAGAGGGAACAGCAGGAGAGGCUACUCCUGUCUGUGAUACCGGCGUAUAUUGCUGCAGAGGUAAAACGCUCAAUAAUGCUCAAGAUGGCGGACGCGUGUGCUGACAGCAGCAAGCAGACCCGCUUUCACGAGAUGCACGUCCAGAGGCACAACAACGUCAGCAUACUGUACGCGGACAUCGUCAACUUCACGCCGCUGUCUGAACGACUAAGCGCUUCUGAUCUCGUGAAGACCCUCAACGAACUGUUUGGGAGAUUCGAUCAGAUCGCUCAGGAGAACCAGUGCAUGAGGAUCAAGAUAUUAGGAGACUGUUACUACUGCGUGUCUGGGCUGCCGGUGUCGCGACCCAACCAUGCGUACAACUGUGUUAAUAUGGGGCUGCAGAUGAUUGACGCUAUACGGUUUGUCCGCGAAGCCACUGGUUUCAACGUGGAUAUGCGCAUCGGUAUCCACACUGGUAACGUGCUGUGUGGUGUGCUGGGGUUGAGGAAGUGGCAGUUCGACGUGUGGAGCGAUGACGUCACUCUCGCCAACCAUAUGGAGUCCGGUGGGAUAGCUGGACGUGUCCACAUUACGAAGUCAACUUUACUACAAUUGGGAGGAAGGUUUGACGUGGAACCUGGAGACGGUGCUUCAAGAGAAGGGUACCUCGCCGACCACAAAGUGGAAACCUACCUCAUCGUACCACCAAAGAAGCCAUCAGAAAACGGCCGCCUUUCCGUAUGCACGGUAGAUAGAAAAGCCAGCAUCGUGUCUUCAUUAUACCAGGACGUGUCACCGACGAAGCCGAGGGACAACGUCAGUCCAGCGCCUUCCCAGAACAGUUUCGCCGAGAUGGAGACUUUCCCCUCCAGAGUACUGAGAACAGAGUCUAUGAGGACUACGGGAGAUCUCAGCCGUCGAGCAUCAGUGAAAGUGGUCGCUUUCGACAGCACCCAGGCCACCAGUCCCGGCGAUGGCCUUGGAAACGGAACAGUUAUUACUACUAAACCCAAGAGUCGCAGUGGAUCUAUUAUUGGAGCUAUCAGCCCUAUUAUGGGAACAGAAAAUUCUAGUGAAACAAGUGAACCACCGACCCCUGCUGAGAGUCCGCAGCCCUUAUACCUUAGGAUGUUAAGUAACAUAUCAGCUGAUUCAUCACUGACCACUCCGGGAGUCCCUACAAGAUCCCGUCCGUCCAGUAAGAUGACGAAGUACGUCGAGUGUUGGGGAGCAGACAAGCCCUUCGCUAACAUCACUGACUCCACUCUUGCUAAGAAUAUUGGGAUUUCGAGUCUGGCUAUGAUCGAACAGAAUUUACUUCCUCAACGGACGACCUGCUGUGAUUGCAGCACGAAUUCGGAAGGCAUGAACCGCGUCACUCUCUGGUUUAAGAGCAGUACCCAGGAGCGCCAGUACCGCAACCAGGCCGACGCGCAGUUCAAAUACAACGUCGCAUGCGCAGCUUUACUAUUCGCUUUAUUGGCGUUCAUACAGUUAUUGACUGUACCAAAGGGUAUAGUGUUGUAUGCAUCAUUUGGGCCAACUUUUUUCACUUUACUGGUGUUCGUGUACCUAUCGUGGUAUGACGGCCGGAUGCUGUCUCGAGGACUCCGGCCCAUCUCUGAUGUACCUGUGUUAGCAGAUGAUUUGUAUGCUGAUAACUGCACCAAGCCGGGACAGGUGGUGUCCAAAAACCGUUUCAUACGUCUGACUAUGUUCAUUGUAUCAGUAAUACUUAUUGGAGCCUGUGCAGUUAUAAACUUGUUUCAGACAUUCGUAAUUCUCGAUUAUUCGACGUAUAUGCGCAAUAAUCUGAGCUCAAACCUGACUGAGUCGAACUUCACGGAAGACUUCGUGAUCAGCAACCUUCAGAUAUACAACGAUGUUGAUUCCGCUCCAAGUUACCUCUACAGUUCAGUCCUGACCCUGGCUUCGAUAUCAGUGUUUCUUCGAGUUGGGUUCGUGCUAAAGUUGGUACUAAUGUGUGUCACACUGAUCACACAUAUCGCACUCUUCGCAUCAGCAGAACUGUUUUAUGAAUAUCAGAAGAGAGACCUGGAUAACGAUUUCUCCAUGCUCCCGUACGCGGCGAAAGCUGGCGGCGUGCUAGUGUUCCUGGCUGCAUUACUUCAUAUCCUGGACCGGCAGAUCGAGUUCACUUCCAGGACCGACUUCCUCUGGAAAGACAAGCUCAAGUUCGAACAGGAGGAGGUGGAGACCAUGAGAGGGAUAAACAAGAUCCUAUUAGAGAACAUACUGCCCGCUCACGUCGCUGAACACUUUUUAACAUCUGUAGCGUCAGAGGCAGAGUUGUACCACGAAAGGUAUUCGAGUAUAGCGGUGAUGUUCGCAUCGAUACCGAACUACAAGGAGUUUUAUGAUGAGACUGAUGUCAACAAGCAAGGCUUGGAGUGCCUGCGACUGCUCAAUGAGAUUAUAUGUGAUUUUGAUAAGUUACUCCUAAAACCAAAGUUCAGCUGUAUAGAGAAGAUAAAGACGAUUGGAAGCACGUACAUGAUUGCUUCUGGACUGAGACCUGGAAAGGAAGAACAAAAUAGCGGUACGAGUAAGGAAGAACACACGGUAGCUAUUCUGGUGGAGUUUGCUGUAGCACUCAUGACGAUCCUGGAUCAGAUCAACAGGGAGUCCUUCCAGAGGUUCAAGCUAAGGAUAGGCUUAAACCACGGGCCGGUGAUAGCGGGCGUGGUGGGCGCGCAGAAGCCGCAGUACGACAUCUGGGGGAACACCGUCAACGUGGCCUCGCGCAUGGACUCCACCGGCGUCAUGGGCAGGAUACAGGUCACCGAGGACACUGCCAAGGUAUUAAUGAAUGCUGGCUACACCUGCGAAUGUCGAGGACCGACUUUCGUGAAAGGCAAGGGUACGCUCACAACAUAUUUCGUAAAGACACCCAAUGUUGGUGGAGGAUAAUAAGUUGGGCCAAUAUUGGCCACACUCCUACGGUAACUGCAAGGCUGUUGGCCAAGUAGUGAGGAGAUAAUUACGGCCAAGAUAGAAAUAGAAAAAAAGG